AUGCGAUCGCAAUUCAAUUCGCUUUUAUCGCGCGACACGACUGUCGCCGCAAACUUCCGGUCCAACGGCUAUGACGUCACUCUUUGGCGGCCAAUUGCAGCGAAGGCCCGAAAACCCGAUUCCCAGACUUCGCAAUGUCGUCAGACGUCGUCUUCGUGUCGUCUCUCAGAACUCGACUCUUGUGUCGCGCGCUUUGGGCUCCAAUUUGAGCUCAAAUUCCCGCAAAACGACCGCCAAUUCGACGCCUUUUGCCUCAACGCCAACCAAUCGCUGCAAUGUGUUGGCGUGGAUGACGUCAUCGGUGCGGUCGAGAGUCACGUGGUUUUGUUCUCCGGAUUUCCCGCGAAAUGA